UUUAAAAUUAAUUAACGUUAAAUAAUAAAGUUAAUCAUAGAGAAAGAUAUAUAUAUAUAUAUAUAUAUAUAUAUAUACAUAAAAUAUAUCGACGUUAAUAAAUAAUUAACGGAAACGAAAAAGAGAAAGACCGGAAGACAAAGGGAAUCCAUCAGGAACAUAUUUUUUUAAUCAACAUGAGGACGUACUACGUGAUAGCCGCCAUUCUGAUCGCCGGCACCACCAAUGCCCAAGAGAAUUUCAAAUGCCCGGACGAUUUCGGAUUUUAUCCCCAUCACAUAUCGUGCGACAAAUAUUGGAAGUGCGAGAACAAUUUGGCGGAAUUGAAAACGUGCGGUAACGGUUUGGCGUUUGACGCGUCCGACAGUAAAUUCCUUACCGAGAAUUGUGAUUAUUUACACAACGUCGAUUGUGGGGAAAGAACACAAUUGGAACCGCCAAUCAGUACGCCCCAUUGUGCCCGUCUCUACGGUAUAUUCCCGGAUGAAAAGAAAUGCGACGUAUUUUGGAACUGUUGGAACGGCGAAGCAUCGAGAUAUCAAUGCAGUCCUGGACUUGCAUACGAUCGCGAAGCCAGAGUAUGCAUGUGGGCCGAUCAAGUCCCCGAAUGUAGAAACGAAGAGGUCGCAGGAGGUUUCACGUGUCCAGCCGCAGGCGAAGUGAGCGGCGCAUCCGGCAGCUUCAGCAGACACGCCCAUCCUGAGGACUGCAGAAAGUAUUACAUAUGUCUUGAAGGUAUAGCUAGAGAAUAUGGUUGCCCGAUCGGUACCGUCUUCAAAAUUGGUGAUGCCGAUGGCAGCGGUGCUUGCGAGGAUCCUGAAGAUGUUCCAGGAUGCGAGGAUUACUAUGGUGACUUGGACCUAAAAAGCAUCAGGAAGAGCGAGUUGCUCGCUGGAAUUCAAAGUUCCGGUGAACCGAGGAAGCCAUCACAAGGCAAACCUAGACCCGCACCGAUACCCGCGAGGCCAUCCGCACCUCUCCAGGAAUAAUCAAUCUUCUGCUCUAUCAAUUAUUUCUUUGUCUUUUCUUUUUUUGUUUUUUUUUUUUUUUGUUUUUUUCUUUUUUUAUCAUCAUUUCCUUCUCUUCCUCUUUUUAUUCUUCUUUUUCUGUUUCUUCCAUAUACAAUUUUUCUUACUAUACCACUUUUUCUCAACUCGUUCGUUUUACCUCCUUCCUUCUCUCUCUCUCUCUCUUUCCUUCUAUAUACACAUACAUACACACACACACACACACACACAUAUCCAUAGACACGUACGCACGCACAUAAAUACACUAACAGGACUUUCGAUCUAUCAUCCUGUUCGUCCUGUUUCUUCGUUAUCUUAUUUUAUCCAUCGUAUCCUUCAAAACUCAAACGCAAGUUCCUUUCCUUUCUCAAGUCUUAUCCUCUCUAUAAAUUUUCCUUAUCUUGUUUUUUUUUCUUAUUUUCUCUCUCUCUCUCUCUCUCUCUCUCUCUCUCUAUCUAUCUAUCUAUCUAUCUCUAUUUCUAUCUCUCUGUCUGUUUCACUCUUGCAGUAUCACGAUUUUUUCGAAAAAAAAAAAAGAAAAAAGAGUAACCGGUUCCAAACCGUUAAAAUCGAUUGCUUUUAAACGAGACCCCGACACCCCGCCACACCCCCUCCAUCCAAUUAAACGUCAAACAAGAAAUCGUUAAACAUGUGUUCCUUGGAAUCGCGUUUCUCUUUUAAAACGAUCGUUGCUAAGAAUGUAUUAUAAAAUAGAUUUGAAGAGAUCCUAAAAUUAAAAUCCGCGAGGAUCUCUAUGAUCUUUCUUUCGAUCGACGUUUUAUAAAAUCGGCCCAAUAAUAACGUUCGAAAGGAUAUAAAAGAAAGAAAGAAAAAAAAGCAACAACAAUAAUAAUAAUAAUAGUAAUAAUAUUAAUAAUAAUAAUAAUAAUAAUAAUAAUAAUGAUAAUGAUAAUGAUAAUGAUAAUGAUAAUAAUAAUAACAACAAACAAUAACGAUCUUGGAAAUUUGUUAUAUGUAAAAGAAUUAUACAAACCUAAUUAUUAAUCGUCCCGAUUAUAUUAUCUGAUAUAUUCUUUAAUAGCUUAAAUGAUUGAUGUCUGCAAUUACGAGUCCAAAUGUAAAUUACAAAUAUUGGUUGAUCGUUAGUCACCUUGUUAACGAACGAUUUUUAAUAAUCAAUUGAAUUUAGUGCAAAGUCAAACGAUAUAUAUAUAUAUAUGUGUGUGUGUGUGUGUGUGUGUAUAUAUGUAUAUAUAUAUAUAUAUAUACAUAUACAUAUA